GAUGGCAGUUCUACCCGAGGCAUCUUCACCACUAAGUUCGAGGGAAAAUACCGGACGACAUCAUGGGACGAGAUGGAGGAGUUUUACAAGCGGACUGGCAAUAUCGUGGCACCUGUUCUCGGCCUUCUUUCACUGCGGCGUGCUCUCAGAUCUCGCUUGGUGCUCCCAGAUGGAACACCGUGUUACCCUGGCGCUGACCUUCUCCCCAUGACGAUCGUUACGGAGGAGCUUAACUUCGACGGAAAGCACCAGAGCUACAUUCAAGACCACGGAAGAACCUGUGCAACGAACUCGUUUAUCCCUGGGCAGGGGGAAAACUUCACUGCAAGCCGAGGGAAUAUCAGCAGUUCGCAGCAGGAAAGAUCAAUUAACUUCUCGGCAUAUCGCGAAGGGAUGUUGAUUGCGUAUGACUGGCGCAAUUCCAAGAUCCUUUACAGUAAUAUCGAGGAGAUCUUUGGCGCAGACGCGAACACUGAUGAGAGUGCCAUUACUGCCUUUCGUGAUGUGAAUAUUCCGCCUAGCUCGCAGCUGCAGAGUCAUGGUGGCCGCAACGAUAAGGGUAGAGGCCCGACCGUCGGCGUCAAACAUGUCCAGACGCUACUCUCAUACGACCGAAACGCCGGCCUCGACUAUUUCUUCACCCGGACAUGCCUGGAUCCCGAUGUGAAUGCCCUGACUGGUCGCAGUGGAUGGCUCAACUGGUUGUGCGCAACCAGUCCUAUACUCGCUCGAUGUCUCGAACUCGCGCAUAAAUACGUCUUGCAGGACAAGGAGCGAACUGUGGUGUAUGACACGAUAGAAACAGCAUUAAGCUUCCGGUUCUAUGUUACUCUUGCAUCCAUGAGAUUUUCUCAUUUAUGCCAGAAUAACUCUACCUCCUUGCGACCACUCUCAGCUCAGACUAACCUUGUAUCUUUAGGCUCUUGUUUGCAGCUAUGA